UAGCCAGGCGGCAGCCAAACAGCCUCUUCCCCAGCCCUGAGGCACGGCGGCCACGGCAAAGGGCAGGGGCGCGCGGGGGACGCUGUUAGAAAAGCCGAUCCGAACCAGCGCGCCCUGGCCAUGAAGAGCUUGGCAGGUGGCGAAGGUGCGCGUCUCCUGCCCGCGAUCCUCUUCGCCCUGCACCUGCGGUUGGGCACAGGCGCGUGCCCGUGUCAGGAUCCCGCGCUUUGCAAGCCUAUCUCGAGCCCCAGAAACUUUGAGGUCUUUGUAUUUGAUGUUGGUGGAAAGACCUGGAAGAAUUAUAACUGGUCACAAAUUACAACGGUGGCCACAUUUGGAAAAUAUGACCCUGAGCUUAUGUGUUACGCUCAUUCAAAAGGAUCCAGAGUAGUUUUAAAAGGAGAUGUAUCUGUGAAGAAAAUUGUUGAUCCUGUGGUCAGAGCAGCCUGGAUAAGCCAGCAGUUGGACCUGGCCAAAACACAGUAUAUGGACGGAAUCAAUAUUGACAUUGAGCAAGCAAUUAUCCCGUUUUCGGCUGAAUAUUCUGCAUUAACAGCUUUGGUUAAAGAAACCACAGAUGCUUUUCACAAAGACAUUCCAGGAUCCCAGGUAACUUUUGAUGUACCUUGGUCUCCUGAACGUAUAGACGGGAGAUGUUACAACUAUACUGGGAUUGCUGAUUCCUGUGACUUUGUGUUUGUGAUGUCUUAUGAUGAACAGAGUCAAGUAUGGUCCAAGUGCAUAGCAAGAGCAAAUGCUCCAUAUAACCAGACCUUAGCAGGAUAUGACAAUUACACUUCCAUGGGCAUUAAUCCAAAGAAGUUGGUGAUGGGAGUUCCAUGGUAUGGCUAUGAUUAUACUUGUCGAAACUUGUCAAAGACUCAUAUUUGCACCAUUGAAAAAAUUCCUUUCCGAGGAGCUCCAUGUAGCGAUGCAGUAGGACGUCAGGUUCCAUAUAAAAUAAUAAUGACUCAGGUGAAUAGUUCUCUUUCUGGAAUUCUGUGGGAUGAGGAACAGAAAGCUCCAUAUUUGGAAUAUAAGGAUUCACAGGGUGCUUUUCAUCAAUUAUGGUUUGAUGAUCCCAGGAGUGUUUCUCUGAAAGCUGCCUAUGUGAAAAAUCGUGGCCUCAGGGGCAUUGGAAUGUGGAAUGCAAAUUGUCUUGAGUAUUCUGGAAGUUCUGAAGUGCAGCAGCAGACAGAAGCAAUGUGGGAAGCCUUGCUGCCAAAAUAAUGAGUGCGUGUACUCUGCCAUUUUGAAUUUAAUACUGUUUCAGUUGUGUAGCAUUUCUGUUUUAAUUACACUGUGUUAAACCUAGCCCAUUCUUGUCAACAAAUAAAAUUAGAUUUAACUUUCUUACA